AUGCCGUGCUCUCAGCCAGCCCUGAAGCGCUACUUUCACUUCGGCCUCACCGUGGGCACUCCACAGGACAUUGCCGACGACUUGGAAGCCCUCUUCAAGCUAGCCGCAUUCAAGGAUUUUCGCCCAGCGUUCUUCGACUGGCAGCUGGAUAUUCCAUGCCGGUCGCAGCAACUCCUAAGCAGUCGUCGGAAGCUCAAGAUGCAAGCUCACGCUGCUCGGAUCAAGUUCCUCAGCAUGUGCAUCGAAACGGCGGAAUACAGGAGACGCCAAAUCGUAUUAUGGUCCGGUCAACGUAAAAACCUCCGCGAGUUGUUGCGUCGGGAUCCUGACGCUUACACGGGGAAAAUGAAGAGCGCUCUCCAACCGUUUCAUCUGGACGAAGGAGGGUUCACCAAUCUGACUUCGCUUCUAGUGAAUCUCGGAGCUCUAGACCCGAACAACCCCAAGAAGGAACACCGGUUGAGCGAUCGAGCUCUAGCUCGCAUCCUUCACGACAUUAUCUCGUGCCGUAAAAGUCAAUCGUGGUGGUUCGGACGUGAAGCGAAAGAGGCGAAAGCCUUACGCGAAGGCACGUACCAGGAGCCCACGGCCCCAGCCUACGACGAACGCGAAUUACAACGCGCGGGUUGGACCCACUUCAUGUUCUCGGACGCCACCUUCGCGGCAAGAGGGCCAGGCGAGGUUCGGACAUCCGGUUUAGACGAUGACGACACCGAAGAGAAACCACCUGCUACGGCGACGACCACGAGCGAGGUCGCUUCUGUCCCCGCGGCGGACGAGCGUUCUACUCGUUCCGCGACUAAGAGAGAGCGCUUCAGCCAGCCUGCAAUACAGUCGACGAUCCUUCUGAAGCAUUCCUCAGUUCCCCAACGCGCUACUCGUUCGCUGUCGCUGGUCCAACGGACUGUGCCAGUAACCGCGCCGACUUCGAGCUUUAUCGCCAGGCUCGGCGCACGGCUUCCGUUGCUCAGCGUUCCGGGGCUCGUCGUUCUUCACUAUUAG